AUGGCCUACCCACUCUUGGAUACAACCUCUGAUGAAUACACCAAUAUACCCACCUCGUUUACGAUGGUGAACACGAUAAUUAAUGGCUCGCUGUGUGAACGUAACAGUAUACCAGCUAGAAUUACGUCACGAUACAGCCUAUCUGGAUGUCUAUCUUUCCCACGUUCUUUAACAAGUUUCAGAAAUAUUGCAAGUUACAGUAAUAUACGUAAACGAACUAGUAAUCCAUGCAACCUGGUAAAUGUCCCUGUAACUACUAGUAACCUGGAAAUUCACCGAGACAACUGCGCUGUUCCAUCUUUCUUUGUCACCAAUGCCUGCCACAUAGCAAACAAGGUGGACGAACUGUCUGCAGUGGUUGCGAUAAACAAUCCCUCUGUAAUUUUGGUUACAGAUCCUGGUUAUCGUCUGAUAUUCCGGAUUCUAUUAUUAACAUAG